AUGGGGGAGAAACCUUAUAAAUGCCUGGAGUGUAGAAAGAGCUUCAGGUUGAGCAGCCAACUUACUUCACAUAAAAGGAGCCACACUGGGGAGAAACCGUAUAAAUGUAUGGACUGUGGAAAGACCUUAAGGUGGAGCAGUAAACUUACUUUGCAUAAAAGGAUCCAUGGAGAGAAACCAUAUGCUUAUAUGGACUGGGGAAAGAGCUUCAGCAAGAGCAGUUCUCUUACUUUACAUAAAAGGGUCCACACAGGGGCGAAACCAUAUUCUUGUGUGGAGUGCGGAAAGAGCUUCAAACAAAGCAGCAAACUUUCAUCUCAUAAGAGGAUCCACACCAGGGAGAAACCAUACAAAUGUGCAGAGUGCGGAAAGACCUUCAGAUUGGGCAGCCAGCUGACAUCUCAUAAAAGGAUCCACACAGGAGAGAAUCCGUACUCAUGCGCAGAGUGUGGGAAGAGCUUUAGUCGGAGUAGUAACCUGACUUCUCAUAAAAGACUUCACAUGGGCGAGAAACCCUGUAUCUGUCUGAUGUUUGGGAAGAGUUUCAGGUUGAGGAGUUUCCUGGCUUCCCACAAAAAGAUCCAUCUGGGGGAGAAAGCUUACAAAUACACAGAGUGUGGAAAGGGCUUUGGUCAGAGUUUUGACUUGGCUUCUCAUAAAAGACUCUCCAAGAGUGCAAAUCUUAUUCUACCCGAAGAAUUUGUGUAA